AUGACGGACGACGCUGACGCUGCCGCACAAACGGACGCGACUGGACAGAUACCUAAUAUCGGCAAGGGCCCCGCUAGAGAAGACUCAAAGACAGUGUCUUCGAGAACGUCUUUUGAGGAUAUCCCGAGCGACAAGACGAGCAACGAGAGAACGUCUCCCAAGGCCGGAGCGAAGGGCAAGGAAAAGGCCAAAGUCACAGACGAUGAGCAACACAACGACAACAGCACCAAAGAUGCCGCGUCCCGCCUCGAAGAGCAUGUAGGCGAUCUGUUUUCAGCACCAGACAACAGCGUGCUCAUUCACGCCUGCAAUACCCAAGGUGUCUGGGGUGCGGGGAUUGCCAAAGAGUUCCACAAGCGCUAUCCCAAGGCCUUCAAGGAGUACGAAAGGCACUGCCUGUCUGCUCACCACCCAAAGCAGAAUCCUGUUCGAGUGGGUACGUGUCUGCUUAUAGGCCCCCGUGAGGUGAAACCUGGUGCACCAAAGCAUUGGAUCGGUUGCUUGUUUACCAGUGCCGGGCAUGGCAGGAAGAAAGAUCCGUCGCCUAUGAUCCUGCAGAACACGGUGCCCGCCUUCAAGGACCUGCUUGACAAGUUGAGUCGCGAGCCGCAACUCACGGAAAUCAGGAUGUGUCAGAUCAAUUCGGUUUUGUUCGAAGUACCUUGGAAAGCUACCAGGAAGGUGUUGCAAAAGGUCUUAGCGGCCGAUGCAGGCCACCGGAAGGUACACGUCUACUCUCUGCCUGCCGCGCCCAAAGGUUCCAUUCGGUCGUUCGUCCGCGAGCACUAG